AUCGCUGGAAUUUUAAGCUACCGCAACUCUGAUGCUAUCGUCAAAACACUAAUCCCUUCCAUCGGGAUCAUUCCUUCAUCCGACUGUUCGACUCAUUCGCCCCGUUGGGCGGCCUUUUCUCGUUCUUUUCCACGUCGGGGACCUCCGCUACCACCCGCUUCAUUUUUCAAUCUGUUGAUUACACCCUGACUAAGGUGGAUCCCCCUGCUUACACCGGUCUUUUCUCAAUGACAGGUCCCUUCCUUCCUUUCUUCUCCCCUGCGCUGCGAUUUCGACCUCUCGCGGUUCGCCUCCCAUCCCCGUCAACAUGUCCUACUACGAGCCUCAGGGCUGGCAGGCCCCUGCUGCCUCCACCCGCCAGGUCUCGUGGGAGCAACCCGUGCCCCCGUCGCGAUCAGGUUCCAGCUCGGUUUCUCAGCGCGAGGAUAUUCCAGCUUUUUCCUCCCAGUUUGACGAGGUCGACCGCGCGAUCGAUAACCUCGUCAAGAGUGGAAAACUCUGGAGCGCUCCCCGACGGGACUCCAUGCCCAUGAUGAUGGGCCGUCAGUUUCCCGAAUACGACCCCCGUUCGAUGAACUCGAUGCCCCCCCGCCAUCACUCUAUCAGUGACUUCGAAGCAUCCCGCAUGCACCCCACCCCCAGCGUGCAGGGCUUUUACGCCUCCCAGCGAUUCCAGGGUCGCCAGGGUGAAGUGGAACACGUGAUGCAAGCAAAGCGUCGGAUGGCGGCACAGCGUGAGAGGGAGCUCCGCAACUAUCAUCAGGAGCAACAGUACAACCGAAGCCUGCUUGCCGAAAUGUCUGGAAACAAGUCCGAUCGCUCCGUCAGUCCCGCCGCCGUCAGCGAGGACAGCCGCCGUGACCUCCUCGCUCGUCAGCAUAGGGCCCUGUACGGCAACGAAAGCCCCGCCUUCUUCCCGCCCGGUACCUUCGCCGACGACGCCGCUGGCCCGGACUCCCCGGCCGGUGGCACCCCGUCAUCGGCCGCCGGCGUCCGGGGUCCCUCCCCCCGCAGUAUGGACCUGUUCGGGGUCGCUGCCCAGCCUCCCGUCGCGGGCGGUCCCGACGGCGGUAUCGCCCCGGUGGCCCCGGGCGCGUCCCUCCAAUCCCCGUCCCGUGCCAACAGCACCUCGUCCCCCAGCUCCGGCGUCAACCCCGUCUUUGGCGCCGACCCGCCGGUGACCUCAACCGCGUCGCCCGUCGGUGCUGAUUCGCCCUCGUCCGCGCGGUCGCAGGCCCCGUCUCAGCCGAUCACCGGUCCCAUCGGGUCCGUCGGCCCCAUCGGCUCCCGCCCCGUGCAGCAGCCCGUGCAGGCGCCCCACCCGUCCCUGAACAAGCGCUCCACCACUCCCCUCCCGUCCCCCCUGGGCUUUGGUUUCACUCCCGGUGAUGCUGCGGCCCCUCGGUCCUCCAACGACCGGUCGGCCUCAUCGUCGUCCAAUCCCACUGCCGCCCCGGGCGUCAAGGAAGCCACCGGUGGUGUGGCCCUGGGUGGCUGGGGUAACGGCAGCGGAGUGUGGGGGUCCAAGAAUGGACUGGGCGUGCAGGCGUCCGUCUGGGGUUGAACACACACCUACCUUUAAAGAAACUGAAUGAAUGAAAGGGAGAGGAAGAUGGAAAAAACAAAUUAAAAAAAGAAAGAUGAUCGUUUCCUCGCGCGGCGUUCCGAGA